AAUGUUUUGCAUGAUAAUAUGCUUGGAUUUGAUGGUUGCUUUGAUUUAAUGCUUAUUAAGAUUGAAAGUUGGAACUGGAUUACUGGAACUUAAAGGUGUUGCACAAGCAGGCAAAUGUUUCUUGCUGAUGUGCUCAGUCUGUAUCCUAGUUCCUAGCUCUAUUGUUGCAAAUUCUUUGAUUUGCUGCUUUGGUGAAACAUAGCUGAUAAUUAUAUUAAAUCUUUUCCUUGAUAUUCUUGGAUUUGGUUGUUUAAAUAGGGGUUGGGAUGAAUAUUUUCUUGUGAAUUAGCCAAAAGCUCAAAAUGGUUGCUGCACCAGUGUGUCGUAUCUUGAUUUUCCAUGAUCUUGUCGUUGUAUAACAAAAUAUAGCCUGCAGCUGUGCUGUGGAAUGAAGUGGACAAUGCGAAUCACAUUCUGUAGUACAUUAUAAUUAUUGUUCAUUGUGCUCCGUAGCAUGUGAUUUGAACGCUCGAGUUAUUGCUCAGACUCAGUGAGCAAAGAUGUACAUUGUUUGCAUUUGUAUACUGAUGUUCAGCGAGCAAAAACGCUUUAUGGUGAUCUGAUAUCUUCUUGGGCUAUUAACACGCUUUCUUUUGUAUUUUUUGAGCGGGUGAUAGUGUUGUUGAAUGAGAUGGCUGAAUGAUGCUUUAAAGAAACUAAAAUCCUUAAAAAGAGUCUUCAUUGUGAAGCUGGACAUUAUAUCCUUGUAAAUGCCUGCAUAAUUCUGUACGCCACACAUGUCUGUACUGGCUUGGGGGCAUAAUUCAGUAAAAUAUAGGCAAUUUGGCAAAAUGAAGUGGACUUCACUUUAUAGUGAAUUGCCUGUUGCAUAAUGGUGUCCACAACAAUCUUGUUCUUGCGUUGCACAUUGAAUGGAAACUGAAGUCCUGGGAGCUGGCAUUGCAUUAUUAGUAGUAUUAAGUAACAUUAUUUUUCUUACUAGUGCCCUUUUCUCUUGGCAUUUCAUAUUCCCAUACACAAUCAGUGGAUCUCUCCAUUCUGGAAUUUUCUGAUGACAGUGUUUCUGAAGUCAGGUUGAGUUAAAUUAUUGCUCGUGGGUCAUUAAUAUCCUGAUGAUCAUUUCAGAGGCAGUACCCAACUGAAGGGCAGCUUGCUAGUUUUUUUGUUGGGAAGGCCGAAAGCAUUGAUGAACUUGGACAAUUUGCAGGGCCAAGACUUGAAAAAUACAGAUUACUGAGUUAUGGUUUGAUGAUUCGUAAGUUAGUCAAUCAGAUGAAGGAGUGUUGCACAUCUUGAACAUGACUUACAAGUCACAAAUCACAAAGAAAAAUUCUGAAUUGCAAGCUGAGCUUAGGUUCGCCUCCUUUUAUUUUAUUUUAUUUUAUUUUAUUUACUACCUCCAGCACUUCUUCUCCAUGAUUACCUACACCCCCAGUUAUCCUAUGUCUGUUUUCCUUUGUAACUUAAUUGCAGAUCAUGCGGAUCAUUUAAUGCAAGCAUAUAAUUGCCUUGAUUAUUGAUCUUUUUUUUUCUUAGGCCACGAGUUAAGACAUUAUAAUCAUCUUGGACCCUUGGGACAUCACUAAGAUACUGCUCUCUCUUAAGUGGCUCAAUGGGCAAAUGAUUCCGUAUGCGAUUUUUCUAGUAUCUGAACAGGAAGAUUGAGGGAUGGGGCAUUGCGUUUCAGGCAUUAACUACUAUCAUCUAGCUGUCAUUCUAAUCUGUUUAAGAUUGGGAUGGAACUCGAGUCAAAUUUAUAUCUGAAAAGAUUCCCCGAGAAUGCAGUAUAAAUGAUGUCCUCACCUGCACCAUGCAUACAGACAUAUUACCAAGAUUCCUCACAUAGCUUCGAAGUAGAAAAUAUCAACAGAAUGGAAGCAAAGGGCGCAUCCAUUUGGAGUGAGGAAUCUGAGAUGAUUGCUCACCUGCAGUCCAUGUUCUGGAACAGCAGCGAUGCUGAUGUCAGCCUUUCUUCCCCCAACAGUAGCACUAGUUCUUGUAUUGAACCUAGCACAUUGCCUACUGCCUUGUUCCUUCCAUUUAAUGAAAAAGAGAGUUAUGACACAGCGCCAUUGCAGAACGCUGCCACAGAUUGGUGCUUUGAUCACCAGAGUGAGUCCUUUGGUUCAAUUGAUACUGCAGUUACUGGUGACAAGAGGGCCCUUCUCAUGGAUGAGAGAAGGAAGAAGAGUAACAAGAAACCCCGUAUUGUUGCCCCAGUACUGAUGACAACUUCAAGUGCUCUUGAUGAUAAGGCCAAUACCGAGCUUAUCAAUAUCAGCAGCUCCUGGUGCUGUAGCUCUGAAGAUGAUUCUAUUGGCGUGUGCGAGGAAUCUGUUGUUCUGAAACAAAGUUGCAGUUCUAGAGGUCGUAGUCGGUCCUCGAAGAAUUCACAGAGUCUUUACGCAAAGAAGAGAAGAGAGAGGAUUAAUGAGAGGUUAAAAACACUGCAGCAGCUAAUUCCCAACGGCACCAAAGUUGACAUGAGCACUAUGCUGGAGGAGGCAGUUCAGUACGUCAAGUUUCUACAGCUGCAAAUAAAGCUGUUGAGCUCUGAUGAGACAUGGAUGUACGCUCCUCAACCACUCGAGCAUUGAUAUUAAUUUGAAUUCUUCUGUGAAGAAAUGAUGACUAUCCAAAAAGAAUUGGGCAAACUUAUCAUUCAGAAGGAUUGGACCUGUCAAGUCAAACCCAGUACAUGUUGCAUCUGUUUUUAGACCUGUAAUUAACCCUGACUUUACAUAAUUCAGUUGCUUCUUGUAAGUAAGAGCAAGAGAUUAAUUUAUGAUAAAGUUGGAGCAAGGAUCUCCCUUGUCAAAUGAUGAAAUAAUGUAUCAAAGAUUUCUACACAGUUUACGAUCAUGAGGUCACAGUGGCCUA